CUGGAGCACACGGCUAGCUGUACUGCUGGAGUAGACGACAUGUAUUGACCAGACACGGCAUGGAUAGGGUCGGUUGUGAAACUACAGGCGCGGGGGUCUGGUCAAUACCUCACUGAAAUGGACUGGUUUGGAGGUCCGUUUAUCCUCGUGAUAAGACCACUGUCUGACCACUCAUUCUACCAACCUCUGAGAACAUUCAUGUGAGACCAAUUGGUCAGCCUGACCGUAUUCAAGUGGACGGCCGGAGACAGAAUGGACGCUAAGGACAACGUCACUCGGCUGACAUUUGGACGUAACGAAUUCUUGACCAUCCAACCAGAAAUUGCGAUUCCGAUUCUGUUUAUACUUGGACUUGCAACAGUUGUCGGAACCUUGGGGAAUGGUUUGAUUCUGGUAUCCGUGGCAACGAAGAAGUAUCUCCACAACGUGGAGUCCAUCUUCAUAGUCAACCUGGCCUGCUCCGACCUGUAUGUGACGGCGCUAGCGGAUCCAAUGAGCAUCAUAGCCAAACUGGAGGGCUCCGAUUUCUUCGACCGUAUCCCAGGACUGUGUCGUGUCAUAGGCUCGUUGUGCACGAUGUCGUGUGUGGCGUCUCUCAUGACCAUCGCCGCCAUGAGCUGCAACAGAUACGUCUUCAUCGUCCACCACAGUCACUACAAAUCCAUCUUCAGCACCCGCAACUGCGUCAUCUACUGCGUGCUAUUUUAUUGUGUCGGAAUGGGCCUCGUCCUCCUCAACCUCGCCGACAUAGGCGGCCAUUCCUUCGACCACAAGAGCCUUGAGUGUAUUUGGGAGCGCAUGGCGACGUACCCAUACACCGUCGUAUUCUCCGUCGUCAUGGUGUGGAUUCCGAUCGGCGUCACAGGGAUAUCCUAUCGGCGCAUGUACCAACACGUGCGAGCUGUCCGUUCACGGGUACAUAAUGCACGUGCAACCCACCCCGGAUCAACAGAUAAAUCAACUGAUCGAACUCCAAGCUUCAAGCUCGCAAAGACACUGUUUAUCAUUUACAUCGUGUUUUCCGUGUGCUGGAUACCGUACGCCUUACUGAUCGUCUUGGACUCACGUGACACCUUCCAGCACGAGCUGCACGUGUUUAUCGUGGUGUUCGCUCACCUCCACCCGUCCAUCAACUGGCUCGUGUAUUACGUCACGAACAGGAAGUUCCACAAAGCAUUCAUCGAAAUCCUUGGCCUCAACAAAUGUAUCUCUGUACAACGGGAAAUGAUGCGACCGCCAUCUGUGCAAGCGCCACUAAGUGGACACGUUAACGGAAAAAUUAAAGUGGCAUCGCCCUAGCUACCUCCGUUAAUGUUACGUCAUAGUAAAUAUACCAGCAUGUUAUCAGUAUUUGACGAGGACACACUGACAAA